UAAAAGAACGUGAAGAGCAAACAAACGAAACAAAACAAACAAAAAGAAUGUUAAAUAGUUUAAGCAGUUUUGCUAGCACUUGGUGGAACAUCAUCAAUGUGAGUGCUGCGACUGCUGGGCUCUACUGCUAGAGCGCCACGCUCCACGUGCGGGGCAAUGAAAUCACGGAAGCUGCCAAAGGGCUUCGUGCUUUGUGGCCUCAAUUGUCUGACCUUUGUGUACUUCCCGCUCGUCCUGCCCAUACUGAAAUGUUCGGCGAGUGCCGCGGCCGGCGCCAGCGCCAGCGGCAACGCGGGCGGCAAGGCCAGCGACGAUUUCGAUUAUCGCAUGCAACGUGUGCGAAAUGUCCUCAAGGAGGUGCCCCUCAUCGACGGGCACAACGAUCUGCCCUGGAACAUACGCAAAUUCCUCAAGAAUCAGCUAAAGGACUUCCACUUCGGUGGCGAUCUGCGGGAGCUCGCGCCCUGGUCCUCGAGUGCCUGGAGCCACACGGAUCUGAGGCGCCUCAAGGAGGGCAUGGUCUCGGCUCAGUUUUGGUCUGCCUACGCCCCGUGUUCCUCGCAGCAUCUGGAUGCGGUGCAGCUGACGCUGGAGCAAAUCGAUUUGAUACGCCGCCUCGUGCAGCUCUAUCCGCAUCACAUGGCCCUGGUGACGACGGCCACGGGCAUCGAGCAGACACAUCGCACGGGCAAGAUAGCCAGCCUGAUAGGCGUGGAGGGCGGCCAUGCCAUUGGCACCAGUCUCAGUGUUCUGCGUAUGUUCUAUCAGCUGGGCGCGCGCUACUUGACGCUCACACACACCUGCAAUACACCUUGGGCGGACUGCUGCAAAGUUGACGAGCCUGGGAAAUAUCCACACAUUGGCGGACUGUCGCAGUUUGGCAAGCUCGUGGUCAAGGAGAUGAAUCGUCUGGGCAUGAUUGUUGAUCUGUCGCAUGUGUCGGUGCCCACAAUGCUGGACGCUUUGGCUGCCUCGCGGGCGCCGCUCAUCUUCUCGCACUCAUCGGCGCAUGCCAUUUGCAACAGUUCCCGCAAUGUGCCCGAUCAUGUGCUGCAACGCAUUGCAAUAAAUGGCGGUCUGGUUAUGGUCGCCUUUUAUCCACAUUUCGUCAGCUGCUCGGGACAGGCAACACUGCACGAUGUUGUUGCGCAUAUCAACCACAUAAGGGAGGUGGCUGGCAUCGAUCAUGUGGGCAUUGGUGCUGGCUACGAUGGAGUCAACUUAGUACCCAAAGGACUGGAGGAUGUGUCCAAAUAUCCGCAUCUUUUUGCCGCCCUGCUCGAGUCUGAUAAAUGGUCGGAGGAGGAUAUUGCCAAGUUGGCUGGCAAGAAUCUCAUACGUGUAUUCAAGGAAGUCGAAGCGGUGCGUGAUCAAAUGGAGCUGCUGCGUGUGCCACCCAUUGAUCAGUCAAUUCCAGCCGAAGACAUUAUGGGCCGAUCCUAUUGUCGUUAUCAAGGACCAAGAACGUGAUAAUUUCUUCAUAUGUAAAAGCUCACAAAACAGUCAUACAUAUGCAUACACAUUAAACACAUACAAAUAGAGCGCACAAAAACAAAGAGAAUUAUGUCAAGCGGUACGUGUUGUAAAGUGAAACUUGUUUUAGGUUAAUUGACAAAGUUUUCCUCUCUCUGUGUCUCCUUUUUUUGUGCACUGUUCUUGUUGUAUUUGUUGAGCAUUGUUUGCCUGUGUCUCACAUACUCAGACAUUUUUGCAAUCGCUCAGACCUGGGGCAGUUGGCCAGCUGGUGGCUGCUGCCAGGCAACUUUUCUACGCGCACACAGCUGGCAUUCGCCCAUAAACAAAUACAAACUGGCAGGCAGCACACAGCCCCCCACAACCAUUCCUCAUCCCCAUAUGCCGUUACAUUGUGUAAAUAUCAUUGCCAUGUUUAUUUUUAACUCUAGCUCUAAGACAGCGGCAAGAGUUUGUGUGGAGAAAAUAGUUAAAGAAAAAGCAGGAAAAGGCAGGAAACAAAAUACUGAACAGCACAUAAAAGCUAGGAAAAAAUUAAACCCUAUAAUAGCGAAACUAAAGCACAGUUAGCCGCAAAAAUUAAACCCACAAAGCUGAUGGAUGUCCCUAGAAAAAGUCAAGUGGAAAAUCUACAAUUUAUCAGCAAGUAUUUUUUCUAUGAAAAAGUUAUUAAAGUUUAACGGAAAAGGAAAGUAGCUAAUAGUUAAAUACAAUACAAAAUACCUGUUACAAUUUUAUAUACGAUUAUCGCAGGGGGCAUGAGGCAGGAUUGAAGCUCAUUAAUCUCAGCCACUGAGCCGCUUUCAUUAGCCCGAACUGCAUACAGAAAAAAAAAAGUUUAAUUACGACACGUUAUGCGUUUAAAGCGUUUUUUAAUUUUGUUAUUAAACCUAAAUGAAAUUCUCAUUUAAUUAGUUAAUUAACAUUAAACAUUUAAUUAGCCAAGGGUAUUUUAUUUAUAUGCAACAAAAAUUACAGUAAAUAUAAAUUGGAAAAGCCAAGACAAAAACCAAAACCAAAACGAAAAACAAAAUGAAAGCACGCAUUGAAUGUUAACCACAUUUUUUGCAUCAUUUGGCAAUUUGUAAGGCUUAACUGCCCAUCUUUUAAUCAAUAUUCAAAUAAAGCAAAAGCAAAAAUGAAGGCAGCAAACAAAAACAGAAAAAAAAAUAAUAAAAAAUGAACAUAUUGUAUAAUUAAUAGAUCCAUACAAAACAAAUUCAACCCGCCAAAAUUGCGAAUAAGUUCACAAGGAAAAACCCAUUAAGCAUGGAAAUAAUAUGAUAGAUAGCAGAAAAGUUUGUUCAAGAACCAUAAAAACGCGUAUAGAAAACUAUAAAAAAAAAAAACAAAAACUACACUAACACACUCAUACAUAUACAUAUAUGUAGAUACACUUAAAUAGUAUCCUUUAAUUUAUUCAUCAAAGAUUUGUUUGGGUUUUUGUGGGGUUUUUUUUGGGUGCGGGCGGGAGGGUAACUGAGAGUUGCAUUUGAACAAAUUUUUGCAGCUCAACUAAUAGAUUAGAUUCAACGUUUUUUUCGGGUUACCAA